GUUGUGAGCGCGACACUGCUCAAUACUGCAACGUUGUUCAUGUUUGUUGCAAUCGUGAACCAAGAAGGCACCGAUGGAAAAGCUAUCAGAAGCUUUGCGGCCACUCUUGUGAGAGGAACACCCUCAAGCGCUUAAGGGCCCAUUCAUAUCUUACGCCGAUAGGUUCUACCAGUGCGCGAAGGAGCAGGGUAAAUGGUCAUGGAAUAUGCGAGUUACACACUUCAAUCCACAGAAACCGAAAGAAUUGCAACUCCUUAGCGGAAAUAUGACUGCUCCAGUACCAAUAGACGACAGCGCCUGGUCUGAACAAGUGGACUUGUUUAGCCGAAGUCCUGGUGCAUCCAAGCAAGCACAGCCAGAGGAGACUUCCUCCGAUGAUGGCAACAUAUCUUCCUUCAAGGAAAGUUCUUCUGCAAUCAAGGAUAUAUUGAUUACUUCGCCUAACCAAACUACUUCUGUAACUAAGGAUAUUUCAAUUACUUCGCCUGACCAACCACCUAGCAGAAAGCGUGUGAGAGACUCGGAUUGUUCUGAUGAAAGUCCUACAAUCAAGCAUAUUGUUCGAUCAACAGCCCUCUUCAAUUUGAAGAGUCAAGACUUGCGUGAUGUAUUCAAGGAAAAUAUUAUAACUGAGAACAUCCUUUCGAAGUACGAGUCAACUGGUAUAUUGACAGAGUAUGAUCGGGCCCACAUAGUGGAGAGAGCUGUACAGUAUCUUUUGCAAUUGAAUCCAAGACCAAGUCAACAGGAACAAGCACUUCUAGCCGAAAAAAAUUGUCAUGUUUUUAACUUUGAGGAAACCACUUCCUACUAUGUAGCACCCAGUUCAACGUGCAAGAAUGCAACCUCUAAGAUUCCUAACAAGAUACGAAACAUCAGGUACAGUCUAAAGAAACGCAUGGACGGUGCUCCAGUAAAAUUUGACUUCAGUGCGCAUUCGAACAAGGAUGGGCUCACAAAGCUUGCAGGAUCCUGUGAUAAGGAAGAUGAAGAUGUUUUGACAGCGCUCCUUGCUCUGACACAUGAAAACACUCCAUCCCCACAAUGAAAUAUUAACGGGCCUGCUUGGCGGCCAGGAAAGGCACGUACUUCCGCCAUGAACAAGUAGAUGAGCAGACUCCAGCUGUGAACAAGACGGAAAACUUACUCAGGGCACAGUU